UCCAUCUCCUUGCCGUCCCAAUUAAACUAGUAUCAUUUGUUCGUACCGUUGCCCGUCGAAUUCACCGCCGAGACACAGCCCGGCAUUCCAUUUAAUCAAUUGCUGACAUCGUAUACGCCGGCCCGGGCAGAGCAAAGGCGGCCAGCCAUAAGAGCGGCUGCUGGUUCGGCACGGUAGAGAGAUCAAUCCCGGUUGGCUUGGCUAUGGCCGCGAAGAAGAUCGUGCUGAAGCUGGACCUGCACGACGACAAGGAUAAGCAGAAGGCGAUGAAAGCAGUUUCCACUCUCCCUGGUAUCGAGUCGAUCUCCGUGGACAUGAAGGAGCAGAAGCUGACGGUGGUUGGCCUCGCCGACCCCGUCGACGUCGUGGCCAAGCUGCGCAAGCACGGGUCCGCAGCCAUCGUCUCCGUUGGGCCGGCCAAGGAGGAGAAGAAAGACGGGGACAAGAAGGACGGCGCCAAGAAAGAGGGCGAUAAGAAGGACGGCGGCGGGGAUAAAAAGCAGGACCCGCCCAAGCUCGUGGUGUGCCCGCCGUGGUAUCCGCAGCACCCCUACCCACCCCAGUACGUCGUCCACAGCGCGGAGGAGGACCCCAACUCUUGCGUCAUCUGCUGAUGGCGACGAUGCCGAUUUCGCGGUCCCGUUUGUACAUUCGUAGUUGGCCUGCCUCGAGCUCGAUCGUCAUCGAUCGCUGGUUCGAGUGCGGUGGUUGGUUGUUGCGCGCAUUCCUAUCCUUGGGUUGGUUGGCCCGUCCGCCCGCCGUUAUAUGAUGUAAGAAUUAUACAGGCGAUCCACGAGUUCUUGGUUUUUUGGAGGAAAGUUCUUGGGUUUCUAGGCUGCAGCUCGACUGCUGAUCAGCGUGUUGUGCAGUGUGCAGAUGUGUUUUUGUCCUCCUAUCCUCGCGCUGAGGCAUGAAAAUAUUGAGUAAGGGUAAUUAAGCAUAAAUUCCAGCUUCUGAUA